CAGUUCGAGUGCGAGCGCCGUACGGUACGGACGUGUGAAGCACGCACAAAAUUCAGUUAAAAAUCCAAAAAAAAAAGAAUAAAAUAAAAUCGCAAAGCGUUUCAAACGUUGAAAAUGAGAGUUGAGAAAUUGUAAGCCGAAAACAUGAAGUGAAUACAACAGAAAAAAAAGAUAUACAGUGAAGUGAAUUAUAAAAAUUAAUGAAGCAAAAAUUCAAGAAUAAUUGAACAAGUGCAGUGGCAAAAUAAAUAAUAAUAAAUGAAAAACGAAUUUACAAAAAAUGUCAAUUUCAAUGAAAAACUGAGUGAAACGCGAGAAAACGAGUAACGUGAAAAUUGAGCAAAACGCAGCUAAUUAGGCAACUGAACAAAUCCCCCAUCCCGACUCCAAGCGAAGCCCGAAAAUUCAAUGGAGCUGCGGCUGCUAUUGCUGCUGAGCCUGCUCCUGCUCGCUGGCUGCGCCGGAUGCCUGGGCGCCGUGCCGCCCAAGCCCAAGGAUGCCAGCGACAAGAACGCGGCCAGCGCCAUGCUCGGCUCCAGCGUCAGUUUGUCCAGUGAUUACAGCUCCCUGCUGGCCGCCGCGCAGCCAAUGGCCGCCUCCUCGCCGGCGCCGGUGCACAGCGGGCCAAACAAUCAGUGCACCUGGACGUAUAACGGCACCAGUUCCGUUCACUGCUCACUGCGAUUGAUCGAACGACAGCCCGGCCUCGACUUGCAAGGCGCCGAUGGCAGCAGCCAAUUGACCAUCAAAUGCAGCGAUUUGUAUCUGUUCGAGUCGCAGCUGCCGGUGGCGGUGUUCGCCCGCCUGCAGACGCUGGACACGCUGCGGCUGGAGUCCUGCAAGCUGCUCCAGUUGCCCAACAAUGCAUUCGAGGGCCUCACCACGCUCAAGGCCCUCAAGCUGAGCACACGCAACGCCGAAUGGGGCCCGGCCAAGGCGCUGGAGCUCUAUCCCGACUCGCUGAACGGCCUCAAGCAGCUGACGGAGCUGGAUCUCAGCGACAAUAAUCUGCGUGCCCUGCCCAGCGGCUUCCUCUGCCCCGUGGGCAAUCUGCAGACGCUCAACCUGACACGCAAUCGCAUUCGCACCGCCGAGCAGCUGGGCUUUGCGGACAUGAACUGUGGUGCGAACGGUGGUGCCAGCGGUGCCAGUGGCAGUGGCAGCAGCAGCAGCGGCAGCGAGCUGCAACUGCUCGACGCGAGCUACAACGAGCUGCGCUCCAUCACAGAGAGCUGGGGCAUCUCGCGGCUGCGGCGCCUGCAGCACUUGAAUCUGCAGCACAACAAUAUAUCGGAGCUGUCGGGCGAGGCGCUGGCUGGCUUGGCCUCGCUGCGCAUUGUUAAUCUCAGUAAUAACCAUCUGGAGACGCUGCCCGAGGGGCUGUUCGCGGGCAGCAAGGAGCUGCGUGAGAUCCACCUGCAGAACAAUGAGCUCUACGAGCUGCCCAAGGGCCUGUUCCAUCGGCUGGAGCAGCUGCUCGUGGUGGAUCUGUCGGGCAACCAGCUGACCUCCAACCACGUGGACAACACCACCUUUGCGGGCCUCAUCCGUUUGAUUGUCCUUAACCUGGCUCACAAUGCGCUGACCCGCAUCGACUAUCGCACCUUCAAGGAGCUGUACUUCCUGCAGAUCCUGAACCUGCGCAACAAUUCGAUUGGCCACAUCGAGGACAAUGCCUUCCUGCCCCUCUACAACCUGCACACCCUCAAUCUCGCCGAGAACCGUCUGCACACGCUGGACGACAAGCUCUUCAAUGGACUCUAUGUGCUCUCCAAGCUGACGCUGAACAACAAUCUGAUCAGCGUCGUGGAGCCGGCCGUGUUCAAGAACUGCUCGGACUUGAAGGAGCUCGACCUGAGCUCCAAUCAGCUGAACGAGGUGCCGCGCGCUCUGCAGGAUCUGGCCAUGCUGCGCACCCUGGACCUGGGCGAGAAUCAGAUACGCACCUUCGACAACCAGAGCUUCAAGAAUCUGCACCAGCUGACCGGACUGCGUCUGAUAGACAACCAUAUCGGGAAUAUCACGGUGGGCAUGUUUGCGGACUUGCCCCGCUUGAGUGUGCUGAAUCUGGCCAAGAAUCGCAUCCAGAGCAUCGAGCGUGGCGCGUUCGAUAAGAACUACGAGCUGGAGGCCAUACGCCUGGACCGGAAUUUCCUCUCGGAUAUCAAUGGAGUGUUUGCCACGCUGGUCUCGCUGCUCUGGCUGAAUCUGUCGGAGAAUCACCUGGUCUGGUUCGACUACGCCUUCAUCCCCUCCAACCUGAAGUGGCUGGACAUACACGGCAACUACAUCGAGGCGCUCGGCAACUACUACAAGCUGCAGGAGGAGAUACGCGUGAAGACGCUGGACGCCAGCCACAACCGCAUCACGGAGAUCGGACCCAUGUCCAUUCCCAACACCAUCGAGCUGCUGUUCAUCAACAACAAUCUGAUUGGCAACGUGCUGCCCAAUGCCUUUGUGGACAAAGCGAAUCUGGCGCGCGUCGAUCUCUAUGCGAAUCAGCUGAGCAAGCUGCAGCUCCAGCAGCUGCGCAUUGCCCCGGUGCUGGCGCCGAAGCCGCUGCCCGAGUUCUACCUGGGCGGCAAUCCGUUCGAGUGCGACUGCACCAUGGACUGGCUGCAGCGCAUCAACAACCUGACCACGCGGCAGCAUCCGCGCGUCAUGGACAUGCCCAACAUUGAGUGCGUGAUGCCGCAUGCCCGCGGCGCUGCAGUGCGUCCGCUGAGUGCGCUGCGGCCGCAGGACUUCCUCUGCCGGUACGAGUCGCACUGCUUCGCCCUGUGCCACUGCUGCGACUUCGAUGCCUGCGACUGCGAGAUGACCUGCCCGCACAACUGCACCUGCUACCACGAUCAGAUCUGGUCCACGAACGUGGUCGACUGCGGCAACCAGCUGACCAUGGAGCUGCCGCGCCGCGUGCCCAUGGACUCGAGCAUCGUCUACCUGGAUGGCAACAAUUUUCCCGUGCUCAAGAAUCACGCGUUCAUCGGGCGCAAGAACCUGAAGGCCCUCUACGUCAAUGGCAGCCAGGUGGCGUCCAUACAGAAUCGCACGUUCGCCAGUCUGGCAACGCUGCAGCUGCUGCAGCUCUCCGACAACCGCCUGCAGACGCUGCACGGCUACGAGUUCGAGCAGCUGUCCGCCCUGAAGGAGCUCCACCUGCAGAACAACCAACUGGCCACCAUUGGCAACGGAACGCUGGCGCCGUUGGUCUCCCUGGAGCUGCUGCGCCUCGACGGCAACCGGCUGGUCACCCUGCCCAUCUGGCAGCUGCACGCGACGCACUUUGGCCAGCGGCUGCGCGCCAUUUGGCUGGGCCGCAACCAGUGGAGCUGCCGCUGCCAGUUCCUGCAGGCGCUCACCUCCUACGUGGCCGACAACGCCCUGAUUGUGCAGGACGCGCAGGACAUCUACUGCAUGGCGGCGCCCAACACGGCGGCCUACGAGCAGAGCAGCUCGACGGCGGCGGGCACCCAGAAGCGCGAACUGGACUUCAACUCGACGGGCGCCGCCUGCACGGAUUACUACUCGGGCGGCUCGAUGCUGCAGCACGGCAUUCCCGAGUCCUACAUACCGCUGCUGGCCGCCGCCCUGGCGCUCGUCUUUCUGCUCGUCGUCAUCAUCAUUGUGUUCGUGUUCAGGGAGUCGCUGCGCAUCUGGCUCUUCGCACACUACGGCGUGCGUGUGUUUGGGCCGCGCUGCGAGGAGUCGGAGAAGCUGUACGACGCUCUGCUGCUGCACUCGGCCAAGGACUCGGAGUUCGUGUGCCAGCACCUGGCCAGCGAGCUGGAGACGGGCCGGCCGGCCUUGCGUGUGUGCCUGCAGCACCGCGACCUGGCCCACGAUGCCACCCACUACCAGCUGCUGGAGGCGAGUCGCGUGUCCCGGCGAGUGGUCAUCCUGCUGACACGCAACUUCCUGCAGACGGAGUGGUCCAGGUGCGAGCUGCGCCGAUCCCUGCACGACGCGCUGCGAGGCCGGCCGCAGAAGCUGGUCAUCAUCGAGGAGCCCGAGGUGGCCUUCGAGGCGGAGAGCGACAUUGAGCUGCUGCCCUAUCUGAAGACCUCGGCGGUGCAUCGCAUACGCCGCACCGAUCGCCAUUUCUGGGAGAAGCUGCGCUACGCCCUGCCCGUGGACUACCCGACCUACCGGGGCAACAACUACACGCUCGACCACAACCACGAGCGCAUCAAGCAGCCGGCCAGCCCGGGCCUGCUCUACCGCCAGGCGCCGCCUCCUGCCUACUGUGGACCGGCGGAGGCGGCUGCUGCUGCCGCUUCGGUGGCUGCAGCCGAGCAGAACUAUUCGACGGCCACAACGGCCACGCCCAGUCCACGGCCGCAGCGCCGCGGCGAACGGGCGGAGGGUGUGGGCGUGGGCGUCAAUCCGGGCGGACCGCAUCAUCUGCACGCGCAGUACUAUCAGCAUCACGGCAUGCGUCCGCCCUCGGAGCACAUCUACUCCAGCAUCGACUCGGACUACUCCACGCUGGACAACGAGCAGCACAUGCUAAUGAUGCCGGCAGCGACUGGAGCAGCUAGUGCCGAGGUUACCCAGCAGCGGGCACAGACCUGGCGGCCACAGCCCAAGCAGCAGCAGCUGCAGACGCCACAUGCGGGCACACUGAAUCCCAGCACAGCGGUCAAGCCCAAUCCUCAACAGCAGCAGCAGCAGCAGGCGAGUGGUCAACAGCAAGGUCCACAUGUGCAGGCGUAUCUGGUAUAAAGAGAGAGAGAGAGAGAGAGAGAGUGAGAGAGGGAGAGGUAGUGAGAGGGAGAAGUAGAGGUGCAUGCCUGUCCAGCAGUUGGACAGAGUGACAGUGAUUUCUAUAGGGACUGGUUCCUGGUGCAUGAUUUUAAUUACUAAAAUAUGUGCGAGCUAAAAUUAAGAGAGAGAUGAAGUGAGAGAGAGAAAGAGAGAGAGGGGGAGAGGGAGAGAGACAUACAGCAAAGGGUGCAUGGCAAAGGGAGAGAGAACUAUGUAGAGUUAGAGUUGGAGGAAGGCAGAGAGAGUGAGAGUGUUGGGGGCAAAUUAUAAAUUCUGUCUAGAGUCCAAAAUAUUGCAGUCAAACAAAAACCCCAAAGAAAAACAGAAACACACAAUAGGGAAGCUCUUCCCCCCAAUUUUCCCCCGGAAAUGCGCGCAGCGUAACAAAUAUUUUGUUUACCCAGUGUAAAGUCAUUUUAGUGCACUGUAUAAACAUAAAUCCAAGUACAUUAAACACACACACACAUACACACACACACAUGGAGGCACACGACUGCAGAUACAAAGAUACAGAAUACAGUUGCACUCGCAUUCGCCCGUCGUGUGUGUUUAUGUAAGAAGACGCAUGUGUUGCAUGAUUUGUGCUGAGCGAGAGUCAGGCUGCGUCCCGGCGAGGCGAUGUCAAGUUGGUGUUGUGUUUUGCUCGAGAGAGCCAAAGUCAAGUUUUUGCCCCCAAAAAGUUGCAGCUCUGUCGAGUUGCACAAAACUUUUCAUUCAUUCACUCAAUCAUUCAUUCAGUCAUUCGUUGGCUCGCUCGUUUGUUCAUUUUCCCUUUUGAGCUGGGAAAAUGCGUUUAGUGCAUUUGCCAGCGCUAACUUUUUAAUGUGCUUUUAAUCAGUUAGACCAACAAAUAACUAGAAUGAGAUUUAGAUUUAUGAAGUGUGCCGUCAACCCAACUGAUUUCGCAGCUCAAACUAUUUGCAAAGUGUGAGAUAUUUGCGUGAGCGCCUAAUGCAAAUGUUGCUUGAUCAAUUUACUUUACUUUUACUUAUUUACUUAAGCUAUUUUCAACUCC